AUGGCUACGAUCAACAUUCGUCGGGAUGUUACCGAUCCCUUCUAUCGCUACAAGAUGGAGCGAUUGCAGUCCAAGAUUGAAGGAAAAGGCAACGGAAUCAAAACCGUUGUCGCCAACCUUCCCAGCGUCUCGGCUUCCCUGGCCCGUCCGCCAGCCUAUGUCAUCAAAUACUUCGGGUUCGAACUUGGUGCUCAAACGAACACCAAUCCGAAGGACGACCGCUGGAUCAUCAACGGGGCCCAUGAAGCAUCCAAACUGCAAGAUUCCUUGGACGGCUUCAUCUCCAAGUUUGUUCUCUGCAAAGCGUGCAAGAACCCCGAGACCGAAAUCAAUAUCAAGGAUGGACGCAUCUUGUUGGACUGCAAAGCAUGUGGUCAACGAACCCAAGUCGACUUGCGCCACAAACUGAGCGGAUUUAUUCUCAAGAAUGAGCCAAAGGGUGGAAAGAAGGUCAAAAAGGAGAAGAUGUCUCGACGUGACAGGGCCAAGGCCGAGAGCCAGGAGAAUGGAUCUAUGAAUGGCGGCAGUCCUCAUGAAUCCAAUUCCGAUAAAGGAGAUGCGGAGGAUGGUGACGUGGAAAUUGCGGCCGGCAGCGACGACGAGUUUACCAAACAGAUCAAUGCCGAUGCCAAGGUGAUUGAAAACAAGACCAAUGGAGAAAUCAAGGAUGAGGAAUGGGCUGUCGAUACUUCCGCUGAAGCCGUCGCCGCUCGUGCCAAAGAACUUCCGUCCGACCUCAAGCGAUCUCUCGCCUUUGAUGAUGACGAGGAUGGCGAGGAGAAUGGCGCCGCCAAUGUCUACGACCAGCUCGGAACCUGGAUUAUCGAUGAAACCAAAGCCAAGGGCGGUAUCAGCAAGGUCGACGAUGUCGAUAUCUAUAAGAAGGCCAAAGAAUUGGGCAUCGAAUCUAAACACAAGACGCUCACGGUGUUGGCUCAGACCAUCUUCGACGAGAACAUUGUCAAACAGAUCCCAGCCCGGGCCAGCAUGCUCAAGACCAUGAUUGGCGAGUCCGAAAAACACCAGAAAGCCUUCCUUGGUGGCACUGAGCGUUUCGUUGGAAACGAUCAUCCCCAGCUCAUCCCUCAAGUCCCCGCCAUUCUCAUGGGCUAUUACCAAAAUGAUCUUGUCAGCGAGGAGGUUGCCAAAGCUUGGGGUCAAAAAGCCAGCAAGAAAUAUGUCGACCUGAGCACCAGCCGAAAGGUUCGCAAAGCUGCCGAAAAGUUCUUGCAAUGGCUGGAAGAGGCUGAAAGCGACGACGAGAGUGAAGAAGGAUAG